UGUCCGAUCUUUCCCCUGAAACUGAAACAUUGGCGCUUAUACAGAACACAAGAAGACUCAGACAGGGUGUGGAGGAAUCCACGUAGGAGUGUCCCGAGCCUCGAUAAACAGAAAAGCCCUUGUGAAGACCCUCACAUUAGGGGGUUUACUUUUUACCACGUGACCCUGUAUCCAAGGAUAGCCCAAACUUGAGCAGCGCCGAAUGGACACGUUUUCAGGACGUCGCAAAGAAAACGCGAAUGGAGACAAAUCUGUUAGCCUUUAAUACUGUUCGAGUCUGGAAAUGAUUUCGGGACAUUUCUCGCGAAGUGAGUACAUGCAAAAAUGUCAAAGUUGGAGCGUUAAACUCAACUUUAAAUCAUUGUUCGUGGAUAAAAGAUUCAUGAGGGAAUCCUCUUAUCCAAGUCUGUCUAAGUCAAACAUUAACUUUGAUUUAAAGCUUUUAUACUGACUUAACUCACUGCAGUAGUUUGGAGACUUCACGUACGCUACAGCUAUGUGUACCGGUGACCAGACGCGAUCAUUCGGGAUGCUCCGGAACAGCCGCCGCAGACACGUUUAGCCAAGAUGAAUUGUUGAUGAAGGUUCUGACAUGAGAUGAGACCAAAACCGCUGACAGCGGUGACUAAUAAGCAGUCUGUGGAGGCACUUUCUAACCACAAUUGAAUUUGAGAAUGAGGAACAAGUAUGCAAUUAUCAUUAUCUCCAUUGUGGCGCUUGUCGUCAUCGAAAAGGAAAACAACAUCAUCUCAAGGGUUUCAGAUAAGCUGACUCUUCACAGAACAACGCAGAUGCCUGAGACGCCGGUCUCAAGUUCUUUUGUGCUCAUGGAUGACAACAGCACCUAUCCAGAUGAGAUUUAUACCGAGAAUGGCACUCAGAUUUUAAGGGCCAGCCAGAAAGGCAAAAAGCACAUCCUGUUGAUGGCUACGACUCGCACUGGAUCCUCCUUUGUUGGUGAGUUAUUCAACCAACAGGGCGACAAUAUGUUUUACCUCUUUGAGCCGCUAUGGCAUGUGGAGAGGAUGCUAUCGUUUGGCACAGGCGGCACAAACACCAGCACAUCUGUGUGGGUGUACAGGGAUGUUCUGAAACAUCUCUUCUUGUGUGACUUCUCUCUUUUGGAGAGUUUCAUUAGCCCCCCUCCCCGGGACCACGUAACCCAUGCCCUGUUCCGCAGGGAGUCCAGCGUUGCCCUGUGCGAGGAACGGGUCUGCAGCCCAUUGGUAAAACAUGUUUUUGAGAGGUACCAUUGCAAGACGAGACGGUGCGGGCCGCUUAAUCUGACCAUGGCGUCUGAGGCCUGUCAGGGAAAAAAACACAGGGUUAUCAAAACCGUUAGGGUCCAACAACUAGACACUCUUCGUUCUCUAGUAGAGAACCCGCAAAUGGAUGUCAGACUCAUACAGCUGGUAAGGGACCCUCGGGCCAUACUGGCAUCAAGGAUGGUGGCUUUUGCAAAUAAGUACCAGAACUGGAAAAGUUGGGCUGUGAAUGGAGAAGUACCUGUCGAGGACGAGGAGGUGAAACGACUGGAGGGAAACUGUAACAACAUCCGCAUGUCUGCCGAGCUGGGCUUGAGUCAGCCUGAAUGGUUAAAGAACCGUUACAUGUUAGUGCGUUACGAGGACAUCGCCAGGUACCCCAUGCAGAAAGCAGCGGAAAUGUACAAUUUCACAGGGAUUCCAUUUACAACACAAGCAAGGGACUGGAUGCUUAAGAACACGCACACUACGGCGGAGGCCAGCGGCGUUUAUUCCACCCAAAAAAACUCUUCAGAACAGGUGGAGAAAUGGCGCCUUCGUAUCCCUUUCAAACUGGCCCAAGUCGUACAAGAUGUUUGUGGACCAACCAUGAAACUUUUUGGCUAUAGGUUUGUAGAAAAUGAACAGACAUUGGUAGACAAAACUUUUAGUUUGCUUGAAGAGAGGAAUUUACUUUUUCAUAAAAUAUUUUUAACGCUUUUUUAUGUUUAUGUCUAGAGUGAAAUGUGACCAGGUUUUCGGUAUCUACACUGGGAUGUUGGUUAUACUGAUCUGCUUGUGACAUCUUUCGCAUCUUUAACUGAAUGCAAGAGUGUUUAACCUUAAAAUGAUUGGUUUAAGAUGUCUUCAUCGAAAAAAACAUCUGCUGUAACGUUAGGGCUCAUGUGAUGAGAAUGUUAGUGCUCUGAGUUUAGUGGCUGUGUGAGCAUAGGUUGUGAGGACUAAUUGUUUGAACAUGUCUAUACAAAGAUAAAAAAAAUCAUACACAAACGUGACGUUAUUCUACCUAUUUAAAAAAGACUACCAAUUAUGUUUUGUGCUUGUGUCAAAGUUAAGUUUAGGGAAUAGAAAAUAUCAUUCACCUGGAUUGACUCUUGUGUGGAUGUGUGUCUGAACAGCAUUUCCUUUUCUCUAAACAUGAAGGGAUAAUGUAUUAUCUAAAGAAAUAAAUGUUAUUUAUGUAUGGA